AUGCUCCCCAAGGAGCAGGAUUCCUUCAAAUCUUCAAACGCCUGGCCUCCUCCGAAUCCUCCGAUUCCAUUUUCUUCUUCAGAAGUAUGUGCAAAUCUAACUCCUCUUCACAAGAUCAGACCAUUUCGUGUCGGAAAAUUCUUAGUAGAUUCAGGAUCUCCAGUCACUAUCGUUCCAAUCAUCACUAGCGAACGAAAUCUUCCUGCGCAAGAUUCUGGUCUCUUAUCGGCAAACGGAAACCCGAUCCUCAUGUACGGCUCGACAGAUAUCAUCGUACCAAUCCUCGGAAAGUCAUACGCAUUCAGAGCCAUGAAGUGCGACGUUGUGAGACCAAUCCUAGGACGGGACUUCUUCGACGGUCCCGGUCGCAACCUAAUUCUUGAUGUCGCAAACCGCACUUUCAUCCACAGGAUUUCGGGAGAAAGGAUCUCCGUUUCCGCAGACGACGAAAUUGUCUGCGCUCUUCCGACGAGUUCAUCUUCUCUCUGUGUCGAAGCACCGCCUUUUCAGCCGAAGAGCUCCCUCAUAUCAUCAAGAGAUGUCGCUUCCCUGAAAUUAAAGGACUAUUCAAAUUCGAUCGCUCUUCAACCAAAAGGAAAUUUUCCCAGUUUAUUUUCUCCUAUACGAAUAGAGACGGGAGACAAUCCACCGGUCUAUUCGAAGUCACGCCCAUUGUCGGGAGAAAAAGCUGAUUUUGUUACGAAGAAAAUCAAUGAAUUAAUCGGGAACGGUAUCCUUGAAGAAGUCGAUGGUCCCGUACAAUGGGCUUCACCCAUUACUGUUGCGGCGAAGAAGGGGCCGGAUGGUUCCAUCAAAG